CGCCGGAGAAGCUUUAUUACUGGACGUUUAGUUUUUUAAUUGCAAGGAUGAUUAUACGGCCGGGAGAGAUUAAUCGAGACUUUACUUCUGCGCGUCGGCUAUUUAUUUUUUAAUCAGCUCGUAUACGACGAUCAGUGUUGUGCAGACUCGAUGACGAUGACAACAACGAUGUCUAUUUAUAAACGCCGGUGUGGAAUGGAAUUACAGCACGAGUAUAGGUAUAAUAUCUCGUUAUAAUUCCAAGCCGGUUCUUUGUCCGACGGCCAAUGGGCGCGCACGGACCGGCAAGCGAUUCGCGCGACCAAUAGCCUCUCGGAAAGUGGGGAAGAAUCGUGCGGAGAGGAAGAGAGCGAAGAAGAAGCGAAGCAGACGUCGGGCAACGCCAACGACGCUCUCUCUCUCUCUCUCUCAGCUCUCGCGGUUCUGUUGUUGGCGUUAGGUAUAUUCGCUCGCGUGCAGUGCGAUAUUAUCGUCGUCGCAUUGAAAUUUCGCUAUGGAGAGAUACGAGCGGAUCAAAAAGGUGGGCGAAGGCUCCUUCGGCAAAGUGUUCAAGGCCAAAAGAAAGUGCGAUGGGGCGAUCGUCGCUUACAAAGUCACGGAAAAGAAAGGACGCUCGCCCAAAGAGCUGGAGAGUCUGAGACGCGAGUGCGAGAUUCAGAAGGACCUGCAGCAUCCGAAUAUCAUUCAGAUGCUUGACUCUUUUGAGACUGAGAGCGAGAUUGUCGUUGUGACAGAGUAUGUGGAGAAGGAACUGUACGAGAUCAUCACCAAGGCUGGGAGACUGUCAGAGGAACGAGCUCAGGUGAUAGCCUGUGAUCUUGUGUCCGCUCUCCAUUACUUGCACUCAAACAGAAUUGUUCAUAGAGACAUGAAGCCGCAAAAUGUUCUCUUGGACCCUGAUGGAGUGGCAAAACUCUGUGACUUUGGAUUUGCUAGAAUCAUGAGUCAAGGAACUCAUGUUCUCAUGUCUAUCAAAGGGACACCGCUCUACAUGGCACCCGAAUUGCACGAUGAGAGGCCCUAUGAUCACAAUGUUGACUUAUGGUCCCUAGGCUGCAUAAUUUACGAGUUAGUAGCAGGUGUGCCACCCUUUCAAACUUCCUCCAUGAAAGAACUUGAAUCAUUAGUGAGACGCAAGGAAAUCAAGUGGCCUGAUCACAUAUCCUCCAACUGCCUAAGUUUCUUGCAGGGUCUGCUCCAAAAAGAUCCCCGACAUCGUCUGAGCUGGACGGAACUUCUGGAACACCCCUUCGUGAAGGGUCGAAUCCUGACGGUCGAGAAAAACGUGCCGCGGUCUCUGACCUUGCCCCUCUCCGCCAGUCAGUCGCGCGCCAAGCAGCAGCAGCUCCAGAGCUUAGCCUCGCGCUUCACCAGCCAGUCCAAGAAAAUACUGGAGAAGCAACUGAAGAAGAUACACUCGCUGCGGAGGAGCGAGCCAAGUGGCUCGGAGUCGAGUGCCAGCGUCGACGUACUGCUCAACAAUCUGAGUAUGCGCGCGUCGUUGCGCAGCGACCUAGUCGCUGCCGACCAUGCUAUCUGCCAAGUGGAUUGUCCUAUCGUCGAGGAGGAGCCUUAUCAGCAGAUUGAUCAGGUGCCAGCUCAAGAAGACUGCUGCGUCGCCAAUGCCAAUAUUAUUCCGGAAAAUCCCCCGGCGAUGCCCCCGCCUGUGCCGGCCUGUUGCAUGUACGGACCGAGCGCUUGGCAUAUGGACAAUGCCUACAACUUUCCUCUGCCGCCCUGUUGCAGCCUCGCGAUGCAUCAGAACAAUCAAAUGUACGAGCACUACUGCUUCUCACCGAUUCCUCAUCAGAACAAUUCGGCUUCCUACUCGCUGGACGAAUUCAACAACGAGUGCAAGCAGACGACCUCCUCGCGAAUCAGCUCCAAAAUGGAGAAUCAGAUCGGUGCCGAAGUGAACAACAUAAGCCAACGUCGCAAGAGACUAGUCAACUGGAAGGCUUACGACAUAGAGGAAAAAUUCGAGAACGGGGAGUGGCUGGGCUUCCUGGAACAAUCCAUAGACGAGAUGAUGGAAGGCGAGACGGCCUUCGUACUCCAGGACCGUUGCACUUCGUUGGUGUUUAUGACACCCCUAAGAAAUCCAGGCGCCAACUGCCGGGUCAUCGAGUACGUAGCUUGUCUCAUGUCCAUACCCUUCGUCGUAGCCAGUAGCAACAUUAUCGACGAAGAAGAGCUGGAGCGGAUCCAGCGCAUCUACCUCGACAUGAAACUCGUGCCGAACCUCGUCUACGCCGUGAAGCUGCUCAUGAGCGACAAGAACUGCAACACCGAAACCGACGACUCCAUCGCGGCCAAUGGCAAGUGGAGGUCGGCGCUUGGUCUUUCGGUCGGCAAACUCCAGGCGCUCGAGCGCAUCAUGUUGUUGCUCUGCAGACUAGUGCACGCGAAGCCCGAGUUUUUGACUCAGUUCUGUGACGCUAUUUUCGUAGUACCCGAUGGCGUGAGAUCAUUCCAGCAGAUCUUUGGGCUGGUGAAGAGGAAGUCGAGAACCGUUUCGGAUCUCUUGGCAAUCAUGAGCCAAGUCUUCAGAUCGCAGUCCAGCAAUGACGAGCUCGUCGAGGCAAUUUUACUGCGGGACAUGUCCGUCGAUGAUUUGACGGAUUUGCUCACAAAGCUCUUGAAGCAUCGGCAGAGCAAGUUGCGCUCGCGCACCUGCGUAUUUCUACUGUUAUUGGGAAUCUUCAGUCCAAAGACGCUGCAACACGUCUGGGGAAAAUCUUUGCGAAAUCUCCUCGAGAGCCUCCUCGAAGAUAGAGACAAGUCUGUUCGGGACGCUGCAGCCGAAGCCGUUGCCUCGAUGAAAGAACUGCCGUACUACGAUCCCGGCAAGGAUUCUUGAGACUCGCGCGGAAUCCCACACGAUCAUCAAUUGUACAUACGACUUCUUUUUAUACGACGACGCUCAGCAACUUUUGUAAUAAACCAUACACGUUCCGCAAA